AUGUCAAUGAUCGAGAACCUUCUUCGCAUUUUGAGAUGCUUUGAACUGAUCUCAGGACUUAAGAUAAACUAUCAUAAAUCUUUUAUUAUCGGCAUCAAUGUUGAUGAAUCCUCUCUUUCGCGGGCAACUAGCAUCCUGAACUGCAAAGUUGAAACAUUUCCCAUCACCUAUUUAGGACUCCCUUUAUCAAAUAGAUCGAUUGGGAGAAGACUUUGGGAUCCGUUCCCGGACCUUUAUCGUCUUUGUAGACAACAAGACGUUAUGGUUGCUGCUGUUUUUAACGUUCAGUUUCAAAAUUUCAGCAACAUUACCUGGUCUAGACGUCUUCGUAUUGGUGAACAGGAUCGUCUCCAAGUGAUGCUCGACCUGUUGGAUGCUCACAUCCCUCUUCAACAGCAACCAGACCAUUUCUACUGGAAGAAUCAUCAUCAUUUCUCCUCCGCUUCAAUGAACAAGCUGCUGUCAACGACUGUGGAUCGUAAUAACCAGCAGGUUUCGUUUCUUGCUCUGCAGGUUUGGAAGGAACCUAUUCCUCCUCGACUUCAGUUUUUUUUCUGGUUGUUGGCUCGUGAUAGGAUAUCUUCAAAUCUUUCUUUGGUUAGACGAGGUAUUCUUCAACACAAUCACGCUUCUUGUUCCCUUUGUCAGCUAGAGGAAUCUAGUCUUCAUAUCGUCAUUCAUUGCGGUUUUGCCUGGGGUUUUUGGACGAACAUUCUUUCAAAAUGUCAUGUUAGUUGGGUUGCACGGAAUUCUUUAGAACACUUCUUCAAUUUAUGGAAUUCUUUAGCUGCAGGACGUCAUCGCUCUCUUUGGAAGUUAAUGUGGUUUUUCGGAGUUUGA